AAAGAAGAAGACCUGAGAGAGUUCGCGGCGGAGAUGACGACGAUGAUUCAUCUGCACGGGACGCCCGGGCUGGUUCAGCUGAGGGAGAUAUUCGACGACGAGCUGGCGGUGCAUCUGGUUAUGGAGUUCUGCCAAGGCGGCGACUACUUCGACCACAUCGCGAGGAAGAAGCGACUCUCUGAAGGCGAAGCGGCGCAUAUCUUUAGGCAAGUGGUGGUUUCCGUCAACGCGAUGCACGCUAAAGACUUCGCCCAUCGCGAUCUCAAGCCGGAAAACAUCCUCAUCGCGAAGAGCGCAUCGCACUCAAACGAGGAUGUUGAAGUGAAGAUCGCGGACUUCGGGCUGGCGAUCGCCGUGAAUGAGGGAAAGGGGAUCAAAGGAGUCGUCGGUAGUCCGUUCUAUAUGGCGCCUGAAGUUAUCAAGGGAAAACCCUACGGCGUGGAAGUCGACGUGUGGAGCCUCGGAGUUAUCCUCUACACCAGCCUCGCAGGCGUCCUUCCGUUUUGGGGAAAGGGUCACCAAGCCGUUUUCACCGCCAUCUGCCGCGCCCAGCCGGACUUCGAUCGCAGUCCGUGGCCCUUGAUCUCCACCGAAGCGAAGCAUCUCAUCCGUCGGAUGCUGACACUCGACCCGACGAAGCGGAUACGCGCGUGCGACAUCCUCGAGCAUCCCUGGAUGAAGUCGGCCCACGCGAACGGGGCUCCGCGACGUCGCAGCAGCCUUCUGCGAAAAGUGUUUGGCGAUAUCUCAGUUCAGUGGCCCGCGAACUUGAUUCCCGGCAUUUCUGGACUCGGAGGGGCCGCCCCUGCUCCGCCUGCGUCAACACCUGCGGAUCCGGUUGCGACGAGCGAUGACAGCAAGGCGGAGACGUGUUCCGCCAAGGCAACCGCCGUUACAUCUGGCGCGUCGAUUCCGCAGGAGCCGGAGACUAAGGAGGCCGGGACGGACGCCGUGUCUCUGUGCGGUAGCGAUGAGGGAAGGAAGGCGGUCGCUCCAAUAAUGGUUCCAGCUCCAUUGGUGAACGGGGGAAGUGGAACAGCGGCCCUGCGCGCGCUGAAGCCAGUUCCGAACCAAUCGAGGGAGAAUGCGGGGGUCACGACGGCGGGUGUUCAGCGUUUCGCCGCGCAGAAGGCCGCAUGUAUUGGCGCGGAGAAUCAUCCGCCAGCCGGGCAGCAGGUUCUUCCGGUUGAGUCACAUUCUACACCUCGAGUCCGCCCAGCGGAUCAGCAGCAGCAGGCGUCGCCGAUGUCGCCGCGUCUUCCGGCGCAAGUGGGAUUCCCCGAGCUGCAGCCUCUGCCGCCGACGCUCCACUUCGCCUUAGGCUCGGAAUCCGCGUCGACGACGCUACCGCUACCGACGUCAGUGCCGGAUUCGUCGCACGGUUUCGUGACUCCUGGGUCGUCGCAGACAGACGCGUGGGUUUCUGAUGCGGCGCAUCUUGUGACGGCUCCUUCGAUUUCGGACGGCAUCCCUAUUUCACCGUCGCAGCUUUCCUCGGCUGCCACCCUUCCAUCCGUGCCGGAGUCCGUCGCGCUGGAGAUCCACCACAUUGUCGCAGCGUGGGAGGAGCAGGAGGCUGGUGGCGCUGCGUCGCACGGCGACGAUAGCGACGCCGGCGACGGUGAUGGCGACGGCGACGGCGAAGGUGGAGCUGCAGCAGAUCCGUUGACGGAGGUGGCAGCAGAUGCCGUGUCGGAGAUGGCGGAAGACGCGGUAUCGGAGAUGGGGACGGGGACGCUCGAAGUCCUGUUGGCCGCCGCCUUGGCGUUUGACUGUCCGUCCAGGAGCGGACUGUCUACUUCCGCGUCGCCUGCGUCGUCCGCGUCGCCCGCGUCGUCGCGCUCGUCGUCGUCGUCGUCAGAUGUCAGCGCCGCGUUCAGCCUGGGCAGCAGCAAGCUGUCGUGGACCGGCUUCAACCCCCCCGCGCUCCCCAUGCUGCCGUCCCCCGCUCCGCUGCCUGCUGCCCCCGCGUGGCCGCCAAACACGGAGGUGGCGCCGCUGCGCCAUGAGGUGUCCCUGGAUCCGCACGGGACGCCGGUUUUGGAACAGGCGCGUGUGGAUAGUCCGAGUCCAUCUUCUGGUGGUUCGCUCGUUGCUGCUCCCUGCUCGCUCGCUCCUGGUGCUAGCCCGCAGGGUCGUAGCCCAGGGUCCGUUCUGGAAGGGGUUGGAGCAUCACCGGAGAGCAGUUCACGAGUAGGAGCAGGUUCUGCUGCUGCUGCUGCUGGUGUUGCUGGUGUACUUUGUCCUCCGCUUCCUUCACAGUGUCAGCCUAAUCGUGGUGCUGCUGGCGGUGGUGCAGUGGCUAGGGGCGGAGAGGGACGGAAGGUGCAGUCGGUUGGGUGCAGCAGUGGUGCAGCUCUGUUCUCAGGGCCGCUAGGGCUUGGAGGGAGCUCAGGAGCUGAUGAGGGGCUGCCUGUCCACCAAUCCAAAGCUCGCCACUUGGCGGCUGCGGAUCCACUGGUCAUCCUCGAGAAACUCGCGGGCAUGCGGGGAGCUUGUUGUCCGCGCAAGGCCCAUCGCAGCAAGAGAAGCGGAAGGGUGCGGAGAUUCUGGUUCGCCCCUUCCCUGUUGCGCUUCCUCAGUGUGGCCGCGCGAAUGUUCUUCCCUGGCAUCGUCUACUCCCGCUCCUCACCUCACGCCCCUACCGCUCUUCCUGCUCCCCCCGACCCGUCUGCUCGUUCUGCUGUUUUCCACUCCAACAAGACAGCGAAGCUUAAGCAGAGCAAGUUAGAUGCCCGCAGGGAGCAGUUCCUCGCACAGGUUGCUGCUGCUAAGACCGCAAGUCCAUCCCAAGGCUCAACCGAGAAGAGUCCCAGUGUUAAGAAAGGUACCAAAGUCGCAGGUGACGAAUUUGAUGUGACAACAGCGGGGUCUCUUUUAGGGCAUCGAGAUCCGCACGCAAUCCCUAACGGCAGUGCUGAGAGUGACAGUAGCGAGCGUGAGAGGAACGAAAGUGUUGCUGCUGCUGGGGCUCCCAGUUUAAUACCCUGCGGGGGUGUAGCUGGGCCGUUAGAAGAAGCAGGGAAAGCAAAGGAGACAGGGGAUGAUGAGUCGAUUGGUGGCAGCAUACCCGGUACAGGAUGCUAUGGGCUUUUGGAACAGAGGAGAGGCAGAGAUGAGCAGUGUCGCGAAGAGGAGGAGCGGGAGCGAGACAGAGAGAACGGAGGAGCGGUCGUGGAAGGAGAAACGGCGGAGGAAACCGAAGAGAAGCAAUGGUGGGAGGAUUCGGAUGAAGACGAGGGUGAUCCAGGGGAGGGUGGUGCAGGGGAGGGUGAAGUGGGGACGGGCGGUUUGAGGGAUGGAGAUGGUGUGGUGACGGGUGGGGAGAAAGAUAGGGCGGGGAGUGGCGGUAGCAGCACAGGGAAGGCCGUCUGUGAAGAUUCACUGAAGAGUCGUUGCGAGGAGGGCGAGCAGUUGGAGAAAGCACUGCACGUUCAGGAGGCUGGGCAGCUGAAGGAAGCAGCGAGAUCUGAGGAGGGGGAGGAGGAGGGUGUGGUUGUUGAAAUUUCAGUAGAAGCGAAAGUGGAAGCAACGUGUGAGAGUGCAGCAGCAGCAGCGGAGAGGGAGAGGGCAGUAGAGAAGGGGGAGAGUGCAGCAGUGGAGGGUUUAGGUGGGUUAGGUUCUGAAGCCGAAACAAUCAGCCCAGGCACAGCAGCAGUGGAGGUGGCAGCAACAGUGGUAUCAGUGAGUGAUGGGGCUGAGGAAGGGAGUAAGGGGUCGGUCAGUGGCAUUGGUUUCAAAGCAGCAGCUUCGCUAGUGCUGGCAGGUCCUGGGACCGCUGACGGUGCUUUGGCUGAUGGUGGUGCUUCCGCUGCUGGUGGUGCUACCACUGGUGGUGGCGCUUCCACUGAUGGUGGUGCUGCGUGUGCUGAUACUGGGGUGAAAGGCGGGAAGAAGAAGGGGAAGAAGGGGAAGGAGGGGAAGGAGGGGAAAGGGAGGAAGCAAACAGGGGAGACGGAGGAGAGGAGUAUGGGAACGAAACAGAGAAGUAAGGAGACUGCAAGAGGGCGAUCGGACGGGGACGGUAAGCGUGAAAGUUCUGAGAAGUCAUGUAGCAGCCGUGGGAGGAAAAGUACAGAUGUCGCUGCUGCGGAGUGUGGUAGCAUUGCUGAUUGUAGUAGCAAUGACAGGAGGGAGGGCGGCAUUAGCAGCGGGGGUAGUGGCAGAUGUGGGGGUGCUAGCAUGUUUGAGGCGUCUCAAAGCAGUUGCGAGUGUGGUGAUCGUGGUGAUGGCAGCGCUGGGAGGGGGACAGGAGGGAGGAAGGAAGGGGUGGAGCGGCAGGGGAGAGGGAAAGGGGAGAGGGAACGGAGUGAGAAGAACGAGAAGAAUGGGAAGAUUGCGAGGAGAAAGAAGAAUGGAUUGGUGAAUGGAGCACGAGGGAUCGGUGGCUGUGAUAUCAUCUCUGGGCGAGUUGUGGAGCUGUAUUUGAAGGGGAAGAACAAGAAGAGCAAGAGAGGGGAGGGGGAGGAAGGGGAGGAGGAGGAGGAGGGGGGGGAGGGGAAGGAGACGAAGGAGAGUGAAGAAUGUACGAAAAAUGGGGAGGAGGGUGAGGACAGCGGCCAACAGAGAGUGCAGCAGGAGAGAACAGGUGGGGGUGCGAAGCGCCGUAUGAAUGGGAGCCAUGCACGUGGGGAGAAGAACAAGGACGGUCAGGAGAGUAUUGAGGAAGGCAAUAAAGAGGAUGAGAAUGAUCAGAAGCAGGGGCAGCAGGGGCAGGGGCAAGGGCAGGGGAAGGGAAUGGGCCAGGGCGAGGGCGAGGGGGAGCGGGCGGGGGAGGGGGAGGGGGAGGCCGGUGAGGAGGAGGGGAGUGGUGAUGAGGAGGAUGACUGGGAAGCAGCAGCAGAUGCUAUCUGCUCAGAGGUACAAGAAAUCCUUGAAGAGACGUCUGCUGCUGCUGCUGCUGCUGGUAGUGGUGGUGCUGCCGGUGCUGCUGCUAGUGAGCGAGCGUGGCGACCAGACGAUUCCUCUCGGCCGCCUUCCCUGCCUCCCCCGGUUGCUCUACUCUCCUCCUCUUCCUCCUCCUCUUCAUCCUCCCCGUCCUCCUCGUCUCCCUCCUCUUCCUCCUUCUCUUUCUCGUCCCUCAACUAUCAAAAUCAUUACCAGCAGCAGCAGCAGGAGUUUGCACACCCAGCAGCAGCGGCAGCGGCAGCGGCAGCAACGCAGCUGUGUCCGAUCUGUGCAGAGGAGCUCGAUAACACCGACUCUUCCUUCCUCCCCUGCUCGUGUGGGUUCCGCCUUUGUCUCUUCUGCCACCACCGCAUCGCAUCAGACGACGGACGCUGCCCGGGCUGCCGCCAGGCCUACAGCCCCGAGGUAGCUGCCAAGCUCUCCCGCCCGCCGAACCUCAAGCUGCGGUUGUAG